AUGACAAUGAUCACCGAUUGAUACGGCACUGUCACUUUGCAAAUUGCCACAAAUUAUGCAACCAGGGCACGGACUCUCGCUUGAGUCGACACUGUCGUCUUCGUUGCCGUGUCUCUUCUUCUUCUUCUUCUUCUUCCAUUAUUCUGAAAUUUCAUUCGCGUUCAUGGCCGAUCUCGCGACACGAAAUAUAAUAUGAAAGAAUCACGAUCGUCGAGGGACUUCGGUCUCUCACACAGUACACGUCGUGUGUGUAUAUAUAUAUAAUACAAGUACACAUAAGAGAGACAGGGCGAUCCCGUUCUUUCGAAUCGUUUUGCAUGUUUGGUGCUCGUAAAGAGGGGACAACGAAUUCGUCGAACGACGUUCAUUAAUCCUACACAUACGCGUCCAGGUUCGCGCUUGUGGACAGGUGAUUUUUAUUUCGUCAUUUUACUUGGAAACGUUCUACGAAGUAUCAUUAAAAAUUUACCGUCCAAACGAAUCAAUUAAUAAUUUUCACGCGAUACGAGGAGAUGUCAAGAGGGAAGAUAAAAAGUAUUAUUAAUAAAUAAUAAUACUUAAAUGAUGCGAAUAAAGAACGUGUAAAAAAAAAACGUGUGAUUUAGAAACACGAAACGUAAGUAUAAAGCAUUAUUGAUGCUUCUCGAAAGGUCGACUUUAUAAUUGGUGAUAAAAGUAAAAGAAAAAAAAAGAAAAAAAAAAAAGAAAAGAAAAGAAGAGAAAAGAAAGAAAAAAGGAAAUAUAAGAAUACAAAAGAAAUACAAAAGAAAUACAAAACAAAGUUCGGGGCGAUGGGAGAUUAUAGAUACGUCGUUGAAGCGGACCUCGGUGUUUUCCAAAUCAGCUGUUAGCUCGAAGCGGUGAAGGGUGACUCGUCGAGUCGGCGACGACGGCGGCAGCACAGUGGUAGGGAGAGGGACGACGUCAGUCAGUCAGUCAGUCGGCAACGAGCCUUCGUCCGGUACGCACUGCGCUCGGUUGUUGCGCGUACACCAAACUACACUUUCUUUAUAUUUAUCGUUGUCGAUCUAUCAUUCAUCAUCAUCAUCAUUAUCAUUAUCAUUAUCAUUUAUGUCAGCAUCCAUCAACUGGUUAACAAUUUUUUUUUUUCUUUCCUUUUAUCUCAACGCAACAUCUGAAUACUUAAAAGGCUAUACAGUUGGCAACUUUUUAAACAGAAUUUUUGCGCACGUGUUAAGCCUUACAACUUUCAUCUGUACACAUCUACCGUUGUCAGUGAAAGUACGAGCCAACGUGGUUUUCUUAAACUCAAUCGGCUAUCCGUUUUGUUUCGUUUUAAGAUAGAUAAUGUAUAAAACAAAAUAGGAGAAAGAAAGAAAGAAAGAAAGAAAGGAAGGAAAAAAAAAAGAAAGAAGAAGAGGAAGAAAACAAGAAGAAUAGAAAUGAAACAAAAAGCAGCUCUUUAGACUUUUGGACUGUCCAGACACAACACCGGAAGAAUAGAUUACAAAAGAGAUUAUACGUAUAUAUAUGUGCGUGCGUGUGUGUUCGCGUGGAUACUUUGAAAAGUUCCGAUAAAAAACAUUCUGAUACGGAUUAGAUGAAAUAACCCGAUGAAAGCUCUUUAAAAGAGAAAGAAAGAAAGAAAGAAAGAGAUAAAGAGAUAAAGAGAGAGAGAGAGAGAGAGAGAGAGGAGUAUCUCGGUUAAAAAUAAAAGCUCAACUGGACCAACGGGAAGAUCGUACGAGGGAAUUCAAAAGAAGAUAAAAAAUAUUCCAAUAUAAGAAAAGAAAAAGGAGAAGUAGAAGAAGUAGAAGAAGUAGAAGAAGAGGAAGAUUUAAGAAGAACAAGAAGAACAAGAAGAGACAGAUUUAAGAAGAUUUAAGAAGAAAAAUCAGGACGUCGAUGUCACGGCGGAAGAAGAGCGAGUUUCUUCGUGAGAAAGAGAGGGAUAACGUUGUUGCGUCAUGAUCGUAAUCGACGAGAGGUGUGACGUUAGUAAAAAAUUAUAAUUAUAAUAAUAAUAACAAUAAUAGUGAUAAUAAUAAUACAUCGCACACGAACACGACAAACGUGUAACAAAAAAAAAAGAAAAAGGUAAAGGAGAUAAAAAAAUUAGGACGAGAGAUUAAUUCGGUUAUAACAAUCUCUUUUUUUUUUUCCUUUCAUUUUUUCUCCCUAUUUUUCUUUUCUACAUUAUACGUCCUUGAAGAGAGAAAAGAAUAGGGAAAAGAAAUAGAAAAAUUGAUUUUCUCGAUUUUCAAAUUUCCCGCCAGUGAAUUUGUUGUCUCUUUAAUCAUUCCAUAUAUAUAAACACACGCAUAUAUAUAUAUAUAUAAAUGUAUAUACACACACAUAAAUAUUUGUGUAUACAUAUUUAAAGAGAAACGAGAAAAAAGAAAGAGAAAUAGAAAAAGAAAGAAAGAAAGAAAGAAGUAGAAGUAGAAGUAAAAAUAGAAUGGUUCGAUUAUUAAUCAGCUAAUUCGUUAUAGCGAGCAAGUAACUUAUUCGAUUUUACCGCGCGCGCUCAGUGACGUAUCUACGAGAUUAAAAAGCUUCGUAUAUCGAAUAACGAAAAUAUAACGAAAGAAGACAGUUACAAAGAGAUAAAUAAAUAGAUAGAUCGACAGAAAGAAAGAAAGAAAGAAAGAAAGAAAGCCGUGUGAAGAAAAAGGAAAACAAGAACAAUAUCAAAAGUUGUUCGAUUUGGAAAAGUAUGUUGAAGAGAAGGGGAGCAUCGAACAAAAUGAAAAAUCCGGAACACGAAAGUGGUUAUUUCGAAGAUGGAAGUGAUGGGAGCGACGUUGAGGUUAACGUUGAGGAAACGAUAGUAGAUGAAGACAGGAAAUGCGGUUCUGCUUGUUACGGCCUUACCAAGGCCAUCCACAGCCUCGACGUCAGGGACUCUCAUGAACACCUUGCCAAUGGCUACGAAGACCGAUCGAACGGGGUGAAUCUCGAAGACAGUGGUGGUCAAAGAGUGGACAUGUCUCAUUUCGACUUAUUGAAGGUCUUGGGUACGGGAGCUUACGGUAAAGUGUUUCUGGUACGAAAAAGAAUGGGAACCGAUGCUGGUCGUCUUUAUGCCAUGAAGGUUUUGAAAAAAGCCUCGAUUGUACAAAAGAAAAAAACAACGGAACAUACGAAGACCGAGAGACAAGUUCUCGAAGCUGUUAGGGACAGUCCUUUUUUAGUGACGCUCCAUUAUGCUUUUCAAACUGACGCCAAAUUACAUUUAAUUUUAGAUUAUGUUAGCGGAGGCGAAUUGUUUACUCAUUUAUAUCAACGAGAACAUUUUACCGAAGACGAAGUAAGGAUUUAUAUCGGCGAAGUAAUUUUGGCUUUGGAACGUUUGCACAAGUUGGGUAUCAUAUAUAGAGACAUCAAACUAGAGAAUAUACUACUCGAUAGAGAAGGACAUAUAGUCCUUACAGACUUUGGAUUGAGUAAAGAAUUCUUACCGCAUGAAAGAGAUAGCAACGCACGAGCAUAUUCGUUUUGCGGUACUAUCGAGUACAUGGCACCGGAAGUGGUACGAGGGGGCUCCGCAGGCCACGAUAUUGCUGUGGAUUGGUGGAGUGUAGGCGUGCUAACUUACGAGCUUCUCACUGGCGCCUCUCCUUUUACGGUCGAGGGAGAGAAAAAUACCCAGCAGGAGAUCUCAAGGAGAAUAUUAAAGACCGAGCCACCGAUACCCAGUCAUCUUAAUCCAACAGUAAGAAACUUUAUCUCGCGUUUGUUGGUGAAGGAUCCACGUCAAAGACUGGGUGGUGGACCACGUGACGCCAAGGAAUUGAAAGAACAUCCAUUCUUUAAAAAAGCACCGCCACCUUUCACUUGGGAUGCUUUAGAAAAACGACAAAUCGCUCCGCCGUUCGUGCCACGUAUCACGCACGAACUUGAUACCAGUAAUUUCUCGGACGAAUUUACAAAAAUGGUUGCCGCUGACAGUCCGGCAGUUGUACCACCUAAUCACGACAAAAUCUUUCGAGGCUAUUCUUACGUGGCACCAUCGAUAUUAUUCAGCGAGAACGUAGUAAGCAGAGAUAUCUUCUUAGAGGAAACAGAAGCUACAACCGAUUCUCAAAGGCCAUCAGCAUCGGACGUUCUAGCAGCACGUUUCGAAGAGUCAACGUUCUUUCAAACGUAUGAGCUUGAUCUACGAGAGGAAGCAUUAGGUGAUGGAAGUUUUUCGGUAUGUCGUAAAUGUCGGCAUAGAAAAACAGCCCAGGAAUUUGCUGUGAAGAUCGUUAGUAGACGCAUGGAUUGUGGUAGAGAAGCUAGCUUGCUACGUAGUUGCCAAGGCCAUCCAAACGUUGUCAAGUUGCUCGAAGUACAUCAAGAUAGAGCGCAUACAUAUCUAGUGAUGGAGUUACUCUCUGGAGGUGAAUUGUUAAGAAGACCAAGGCCGUUCACCGAGCAACAGGCAAGUCGUGUAAUGAGGCAAUUGGCGUCCGCGGUACGUUUCAUGCACGCUCGUGGCGUUGUUCAUCGAGAUCUUAAACCAGAAAAUAUUGUCUUCGUUCACGAAGGCGAGGACUCGCCAGUGAAGAUUGUUGAUUUUGGUUUCGCUAGGAUAAAACGUGGUUGCGAGCCACUUCACACGCCUUGUUUUACGCUUCCUUAUGCAGCGCCGGAGGUUAUCGCCAGACAGGGAUACGAUCAGAGUUGCGAUCUAUGGAGUUUAGGUGCAAUUUUGUAUUCCAUAUUAUUCCGUAACACAUUAUUUGUCAGUGGCUCGCCAGAUCUAGCUUCUCGCAUAAGAUCUGGCGAGAUUAAUUUCGACUCUAACAAUUGGUGUCAUAUAUCACCGUUAGCCAAGCAAGUGGUAAAAGGUUUAUUAACGGUCGAUCCGAACAAAAGACUCACCGCUAUGGGCCUUGCCAAUCAUCCUUGGUUAAUGGAGUCAACCAACAUGACCGAUCCAAAUGUUUCGGACAAUACUUCCACGUAUCCUCCUACAUCAUCAUCAGACAAACUCGAAGGUUUUCGUUUACGAGAAGUGGAUGGAGCGAAGUUAGCUCAAAGACGUAAAUUACACAAACGAUCGACAUCUAGUUCGGUAUCCUCUUCGGCAUCUACAACUUCCUCGACUCUUUCAGUUCCGUUGGUGCGACCAUCCAGCACGAGCACCAACGUAACUACUUCUGCAUCACCGGCUCAACCUAUUGCUUUUGACUUUGGAGAGGAGAAAGUUAACGAAUAUCUGAGUUCAUUGUCGUCUUCCUCCGAUUCCAAUUCUCCAAAAAUAAAUAAUCAUCGACAUCCAGAAGGAAAGUCGAAACGACGCAAACGUGACAUGACCGAUGACGAUCCGUAUCAACAGGGAUGUUCUAAAACUAAACGACACAAGAGACACAACGACCUUGACGGCGAAUCAUCCUAUCAGAGUAAUAGCAGUAGCAAUAGAAAUGGACCGGUUACAAGAUCAAGGAAACGAAAAUUAGAACAAAAUGUAUGCAAUUCAGACAGCUCGAUGGAAUCUUGUGGAUCCUCCUCUUAUACCGACAAGAAAGACGUUAAUGUUCAUAGAAAACAAAAAGCUGGUAAACGGCCCAAACGCUUUACUACGAUCACAGUGGAGUAAUGUUUCCUAUAUCGUGUCUCGGCGGUAGUCUUAUUCUCACUUAGUUUCCUAUGCAUUUUACAAUAAAGUAAUAGUGCGCUGCCUUUUGGGAAUUACGUACAAGAUAUUAUAAAUGUUACAUCAUUCCUAAUGCGUGAGAGACAGGUCUUUUAGACUAUUGUACAUAUGUUUCAUUUUAUGCCAUGUUUUUUAGAAUAACCAGAGAUAAUAUACGUUCUUGCUAAGGAUUUUGUAUAAAAAAGAUUGAAAAGGGGGAAGGGGGAUAUUAUCGUUGUAUCUUUACGGUCAGGGUCAAAUCAUUUCGUUUCUAUUAGAUUAUUAACACCAUAGUUAUCAGAUUCCUGCUGUUUUUAUUAUUUCGAUAUAAAUAUUAGCAAAAAAAAAAACAAUAUAAAAUAUUUUCCUUUCUUUCUCUUUUUUUUUUGUGAAUGUGUGUAAUCGUUUUUUGUUUCUCUUUUUUUUUUUGUUUAAUCACGUUUCGCUUGUCUGUGAUCAGCGAAAAGUCAACUAUCCAUUAUAAGUUGUUAGGAUAGAUACGUAGUAAAUGUGCCUCAAUAAAAUGUCCAUUUCCUAUGAAUGCAUCGAGUGAAGAAGCAUCGUCGAAUGUAUUGGAAGAUAACAUUGAGUAUGUUGACAAGUUCUCCACGAGGUUAAAACAAUAUCGAUCGAAAUUAUCUUAUUUUCUAUAUAAAUGUUUGUUUGUUGAAUGGAAGGAAAACCUUCAUCCUCGAUUUAAUAACUUUAAACAUUCAAUUUUCAUACUAAAGAAUAAGAGAUCAAUUAAAUGUUAAAGGUGAUUUUCUUAGAACUGUUGGGACAUUGCAAAGGAAAUGAUGAAAUAAAUAAUUUGUAUCGAAGUAUUCUCGAACAAAAGAAGUUAUGAUCCAAUGGAUCAUUCAUGAUUAAUGAUAUUUGUAUCGCUUACAUACAUGUACAUCUUUUUGGUACUUUAUUUCUAUUAUCAUAUCUGUGUUUGUUUUCUUCUCAAUUUAAUAUUACUUAAUGAGACGUUUACAAAUUAGAUGAGGGGUUCAUCAUGAAAAGAUAAUCUUGUAUGUUUAAUCGGACACAAGAGUGAAUAUAUUUAAUUAUAAAUUAAUACUUCGCACCAUUAUUCAAAGUUAUGCUGGUUAAUGCAAAGAGAUACAAUGUAUUUCUUAAAAAAAAAAAAAAGGAAAAAAAAAGGAAAAAAAAGAAAGAAAAAAGAAAAAAAAAGAAAGAAAGAAAAAACAGAAAAAAAGAAGAGAACCGAGCAAAGUACUUGAUUUAGCAAAUUUUGCGUUUAUAGAUUUUGUGAUUUUGGUACAAGUAUGUAAUUUUCCUUAUUUAAAACUAAUAAAAAGAAAGAGGGAUUUCUUUUUUUGUUUGUAUAUAUAGUCAUGUUGGUUUACUCUAUAUUAUAUUCUUUACGCAUAGUUUUCCAUAUAUACAAGGUAUUAUUGAAAUUGCCUUUAGAUAACGACUGUUUUACCUGAUGUGUGGUAAUUGCUGUGAAAGAUGAAGUAAUAAAUGGCAAAGACUGAAAAGGUUGUAUACCAACUCAGGGAACAGACAUGCUAACAAAAAACGUCUUGUGUUUUUGAUUCGAAAUAGUUACAAUUGAAAUUCUAUGGACGUUACUACCAAAGACGACUGAAGCAACACUGCUCUAUAAGACCAAAAAGAACUGUAUGUAACAUUGAAAUGGAGUUAUGUAUAUACACUAAUUACUACCGAAUUGUGUAAUUUCACAAUAUUAUAGAUAUUAAUUAUAAAUAUAUAUAUAUAUAUAUAUAUAUAUAUAUAUAUAUAUAUAUAUAAGAAAAAGAAAAAAUUAUAUAUUUACUAUAUAACAUUGUAUUAGAGAAUAAUAUUAAAUAAGAAGAUAUAUAUAUAUAUAUUUCUAUUUAGGAUUGUAAAAGUCAUUAAAUAUUGUAAGUUUAAUCGGUUAUCCAGAAGUAAUGUAACAUGAUAAAUGAUGCGUUACAUUUAUUAUGUUACAAUAGUGGAAGCAGAUUCUCUUUUUCUAGUGAUAUCUAAUUGUUGCGAUAUAAGAAAUAAAAUCCUUCAAGAGCAUAUAUUAUGUGUAUAUAUAUGUAUACAUACAAACAUAUGUAUAUAUACAUAUAUAUAUAUCAUAUAUAUACCACAUAUAUACAACGUUAUAUACAAAUUCAAGCUUGUAUCAUACGAUAAAGAGUGCUGUUCUGUUGCGAUAAAUACAUACAAGAGACACCUACCUUUGUUACUACUGGUUGUUAAAUAUAUCAUGAUACAAUAUUUAUUUAUAUAAUGUA